GCAGUGGGCAGCAAGGGAAGGGCCCGCUUCGCUAGCGAGCUGCCCGUGGCAGGGACGCAGGAGCCGGUCCCGAUGCUGCGGUGGCUGAUUGGCGGUGGCCGCGAGCCGCAGGGCCUGGCAGAGAAAUCAUCGAUACAGACAAUUGGUGAAGAACAGAUACAGAAUCCUUACACGGAGCUCCUUGUUUUGAAAGGUCAUCAAGAUAUAGUACGAUUUCUAGUGCAGAUAGAUGAUUACAGAUUUGCAUCUGCAGGAGAUGAUGGAACUGUAUUUCUGUGGAAUGCUCAGACUGGAGAAAGACUUCUUGAACUUCAUGGACACACACACAAAAUUACAGCUAUAGCACCAUUUUCUUCAUCAGAUGCUUCUGAAGAAAAAAAACAUUUAAUUAUAACAGCAUCAGCUGACAGAACAGUUAUUAUUUGGGACUGCACUACUGGUAGACAGGUUCGGAAAGUGUCAUGUUUCCAUUCUACUGUAAAGUGUUUGACAGUUCUUCAAAGAUUGGAUGUAUGGUUGUCUGGAGGGAGUGAUCUAUGUGUUUGGAACCGAAAAUUAGAUCUCUUGUGUAAGACCAGUCAUCUUACUGAUGCAGGUGUCAGUGCUUUGGUUGAGUUGCCUAAAAAUUGUGUUGCAACAGCUGUUGGCAAAGAGCUAAUAAUUUUUAGGUUGAUUCCUUCUGAUGACGAGUCUGAAGGCUGGAAUGUCCAUGAAGUAAAACGCCUUGUUGACCAUCAGGAUAAUAUUUUGUCAUUAGUCAGUGUCAAUGACUUGACUUUUGUGACAGGUUCUCAUGUGGGUGAGUUAAUAGUUUGGGAUGCACUUGACUGGACAAAGCAGGCAUCUGAGUGCAACUUCUGGGACUCUGCUGUCCAUCCAGAUGUACAGCCAGAAAUAAAGUUAUCUCAAAGCCCAAAUGAAACUUCAGUCCAACACUUAACAUGUGAUGAAGAGUGUGUGUUUGCUGCUGUUGGGAAAGGCAUAUAUGUAUAUAAUCUUCAAAUGAAGCGUGUAAUUGCCUGCCAGAGAAAUGCUCAUGACUCCUCUGUACUGCACAUUGAGAAGCUUCCAAACAGGCAGCUGAUUUCCUGUUCAGAAGAUGGCAGUGUGCGUAUCUGGGAGCUCCGAGAAAAGCAGCAGCUGCCAGCUGAACCAGUUCCAACAGGUUUUUUCAACAUGUGGGGGUUUGGAAGAACAAACCGGCAGACAAACCAAGCUGCUAAGAAGGUGCAAGAGAAUACACCUACGUAUUUCCUUGAGCUAGUUGGUGAUUUAAUUGGUCAUUCGUCAGCUGUGCAGAUGUUCCUGUACUUUGGUGAGCUGGGACUGGCUACAUGCUCUGCUGACCACCUCAUCAUUUUGUGGAAGGAUGGUGAACGAGAAUCUCGACUGCGCAGUUUAACACUGUUUCAAAAACUGGCGCAGAAUGGUGAUUUGCAGAACAAGUUUUAAACUGCUUGAGUACAGGCUGCAUUAUACAUAAACCUCUCGAUGUGCGUGUGUGUGUGU